GCCACGUCAUUUCCGGAAUUUUGAGCUUUUUUAUUGCGUGAAGAGAGAGAAAACUCUGAACCAGAGUAGAGUGAAGGUCAGGUCACAGUACUCUUCUCCGCUUCUACUCACAGAGCUACAGAUCAAAAACAGAGAAGUGAUUUUUAGAGAGAGGGAGAGAGGCGGCGCAAGAGAAAUCUGUUGGUACUGUUUGGAAUUUGGGGCAAUCUCGCUUAUUUUAUUCAAUUUCAGUUGAAAGCUCGAGAAUUUGAGCUGAAGAAAGUGAGAGAUGGAGAAAACUACUCCGGUGAGGAAGCCUCACACAUCUACAGCAGAUCUGCUUACUUGGUCGGAAAAUCCACCGGAAGUCACUUCAGCCACCAAUUCUGCGUCUGCUGCUUCACGUUCAGGGAUCCGUAAUCACCAGCCUUCUAGCAAGAUCAGUAAGGUGGUCUUCGGAGGACAGGUUACUGACGAGGAAGCUGAGAGUUUGAAUAAAAGGAAACCUUGCUCAGGGUAUAAAUUAAAGGAGAUUACUGGUAGCCGAAUCUUUGCAGCUGAUGGUGAAAACGGUGCUUCAGAUUCUGGCAGUGGCAAUCCAACUCCCAGUAACCGAACAGGGUUACGAAUUUACCAGCAAGCUGUUGGUGGAAUCAGCCAGAUAUCAUUCAGUGCAGAAGAAAUUGUGUCUCCUAAGAAGCCAACCUCGCUGCCUGAGGUGGCAAAGCAGCGAGAGCUAAGUGGAACACUUAGCGAGUCAGAUGCAAAGAUGAAGAAACAGCUAUCCGAUGCUAAGCAGCGAGAGCUAAGUGGAACACUUAGCGAGUCGGAUGCAAAAAUGAAGAAACUGCUAUCCGAUGCUAAGUGCAAGGAGCUUAGUGGACAUGAUAUAUUUGGACCUCCUCCUGAGAUUCCACCUCGACCAUUGGCUGCACGUUCUUUGGAGCCGAAAGAAAGCAAGGACAUGGGGGAACCAGCACCACGAAAUUUACGCAUAUCCGUUAAAGGAUCUAAUCCUGCGGGAGGUCAGAGUAAUGUCAUGUUCAGCGACGAAACUGUUACAAAGACUGCAAAGAAGAUACACAAUCAGAAGUUUCAAGAACUUAGUGGCAAUAACAUAUUUAAAGGGGAUGCGCCUCCAGGGUCUGCUGAGAAGCCACUCAGCAUGGCAAAGCUGCGGGAGAUGAGUGGCAGUAACAUCUUUGCUGAUGGGAAGGCAGCCUCCAGAGACUACUUAGGUGGUGUUCGCAAACCUCCUGGUGGGGAAAGCAGCAUUGCCCUUGUUUAACUUCCUCGUCUCGUCUAACCCUGUUAUUUUACUUUAUUUAUUUGUUAUUCAUGUUUGGUUAUCUUGAUCCUAGUGUGAAAGAUACUUUGCACGGUGAUUGUUGACUAACCCAUUACAUGCUUGAUGAUGGCUAGCAUCAUGGGUGAAUUGAGAUUGGAAUGUGCUGUUUUGAUAUAUUUAGGCCUUUAAUAUCCAAACCAGAAGAGUGAACUGCAAACUAACUAGUUUUCAAUCACUUGAUGUUAUUUUAACUUGGAUUGUUGUCUGGAUAUAUGAAAUUAUUAAUUAUUCAUUUCAUACA